CAAGGACGAAUAUGCCCCAGCUGGAAUAGCAUCUGGCAAUCUGCCCGGCUGCCCAAAAUUCUUGAUAGCCACGACAAACUCACACCUUCCCUCCCCCCGAUAAAUAAUCCAACGGCGCAAAAGACGAAUGUGCGAAGCAAGCAAGAUCCGACGGCCCAGAUCGCACCCCAGGGAAGAGACUCCUGCAACAGACAAAAUAGGGUUCGUAAAUUUUUAUAGCUCUGAAAAUACUCUCUAGAAUACUCCACGCCGACGCCGAGCUUCUCUUCCCCGUUCCCUUUCCUCGCGCUCUCUCUCGCUGUUCUUGCUUUCCAUUCUCUCGGGGAAAAUCAUGGGGAAAGGUCCGGGUCUCUACACCGAUAUCGGCAAGAAAGCCAGAGAUCUUCUUUACAGGGAUUACCAGUCGGACCACAAGUUCACCCUCACUACCUACACCGCCAAUGGAGUCGCAAUCACCUCGACUGGUGUCAAGAAAGGUGAGCUGAUCUUGGCCGAUGUGAGCACUCAGCUGAAGAACAAGAACGUCACCACGGACGUGAAGGUGGACACGAGUUCUAAUCUGUUCACCACCGUCACUAUUGAUGAACCCGCUCCUGGAUUGAAGACAAUCUUUAGCUUCAAGGUCCCUGAUCAGAGAUCUGGCAAGGUGGAACUCCAGUACCAACACGAGUACACUGGGAUUAGCACUAGCAUUGGUAUGACUGCAAGUCCACUUGUUAACUUCUCUGGUGUAGUCGGUAACAAUAUGGUAGCUCUUGGUACCGACCUCUGCUUUGACACUGCCUCUGGGAACUUCACCAAAUUGAAUGCUGGUUUGAGCUACACCAAUGCAGACCUGGUUGCUGCUGUUACCUUGAAUGACAAGGGAGAUACACUUACGGCCUCCUAUUACCACACCGUGAGUCCACUGACCAGCACAGCUGUUGGUGCGGAGCUGACCCACAGUUUCUCCAGCAACGAGAACACCCUGACGGUCGGCACUCAGCAUGCCCUCGACCCCUUGACCACUGUGAAGGGCAGAGUGAACAACUACGGGAAAGCGAGUGCACUGAUCCAGCACGCUUGGCGCCCAAAGUCCCUCUUCACCAUAUCAGGGGAGGUGGACACGAGGGCAAUUGAGAAGAGUGCGAAGAUUGGGCUGGCGGUUGCCCUGAAGCCAUGAAAGAUGCAAUUGUGCUGAGCAACUUUUUGUCUUGGUGGUGGCGUUCCGUUGUUAGGGUUGAGAGGAGCAAUAACUUGGAAAGAGAAUGAAGAGAGAUUUAUAUCCCUUUUCCCAAAUGGACAUAGAACUGAUCGUGUUUAUUUGUGCUGGGUUUUUUCCCCUUUCACACAUUUUGGCGGAUAUUGGCACUGUAGAAAAUAAUCUUUUAGUUGGUGUCAGUAAGCAAUCCUCUGUUCCAUUCAUCUGUUCCACUUGUUCUUUUAGUUACAUUCCUAUGGCUGUGCAAUGCGUUUCAUUUCUAUCUAAUAGCCGGCUUAUGCUUGCGUGAGAUGAGAAUUUAUAGUUGGGAUAACCAGUGUCCAGCGGUUCAACCAUGAAAUACUAGUAUCGAAGGCUAAACUGAUAUGCGGUAUUUACCGGUAUAACGGUUGAACUAUGAUUAAACCACGGUUUUAUCAUAUAAUACCCUAACGCUGACUUUUCCGAUACGAUCUCCGCACGGUUUCAUUGACCAUGGGAUGGCACCAAGGAUUGGGUUGUACUAUCUGCUUAGACCUAAUGACACGAUCUGCUACGUUGUCUAUUGUAUGGCAUGCCCGUUUUGGCCAUCCCUAUUUGGACAAGCUCACUAGUUUGUAAGGUUUUUUGGAUUCUACAUUUCCUCCUUCGGAUCCUUCGCACUGUGAUUCAUGUUUGACGGAAAGGAUUAUUUGGGGGCGUAUCACACUCCACAUUUGGAUGAUCUUGUUUUUUUUUCUUUUUUACUAUUAUAGAAUAUUACAAUCGUUCUACAUGGUUUACUUGAUGAGGUUUGAGUCUGAGGUCGAAUGUUAUCUCAAUAUGCACUAUCAGUUGGCUCGCACAUAAUUUGAAAAGGAGGUUCAUCGUAUCGAUGGUCCAAACCACCUUGUUUCGAGCAUAUUAUCAGGAACACGAUAUGAUCCUUCAAGGUUUUCAAACCUCAUGCAUAGACACGUCCAAGCAAAACAACAUAGUUGAACAGAAGCACCGCCAUUUGUUAGAGAUGGCUCAUGCUCUUAUGUUUCACGCAGGGCUCCUAAUUCGCUUCUUGGGGAGAGUGUGUUCUCACUGUCACAUACUUGAUCAACAGUUUACUCACGAUUGUGCUCUCGAGAAGACACCUUUUGAGGUUUGUUGGGACGUGUGCCUACUUACUCCCACCUUUGCAGUUUCGGGUGUCUUGCCUGUGCCAAAGACACUCACCAUGGUCUUGACAAGUUCUUCGGCAGGGAGAGAGCAUGAAAGCCUAAAAUCGUAAGCGAUCUAUCCCCAUCAAAUUUUGUAUGGAUUUUACCCAUAUUCGCCCAUAAUCUAAGAUGACUAAAACUCAUAAAUGCAUGGGUCAUAUGCCACAAUAUGAAUACAUACUACACACAAAUAUAAACUAAUCCUAUAAAUCAACAACCUCCCCAAAUUACUGAGGCCGCCACAUCAUCAACUUUCCAUCAGGAAAGAUAUGACUAGCCGUAAAAACUAAGAAUGACAAUGGAGUGGGUAUCUCGAUAUCUAUACCCGCCCCAGCAGGUUGGGUCUAGAUCAGAUAAUUCAUCACAGAUUAUGGGUUGGGCAGGUCAACCCAAUAAGUAUUUAGUUUAGAAGAAAACCAUGAGUAAAUAUUCAAUUUUUUC